UUUAGCUCCAAUUUCAGAACAGCAAAUAAACAAAACUUGCUAAAAGUCCUCUCUAAUUUCAGUAUCUCCGGCCAAAAAAAAUGACGAACUACGGCACAAUACCUACGUCAUCUUCCGGUCCACCAAACGUGGAAUACAUAAGUAGGGCAAAACAGGUGAUUAGAGAAGGUUUAGGUACACGCCGUCCAUGGAAAGAAAUGUUCAAUCUCCACUCAAUUAAACUUCCUUCAGGUAUCAGUGAUGCAUUUUCACGAAUCAAAACCAAUUUCUCAUACUUCCAAAUGAACUAUGCCUUGAUAGUGCUUGGAAUUGUGUUUCUAAGUCUUUUAUGGCACCCGAUCUCGCUUAUCGUGUUCAUUGUUUUAAUGGCUGUUUGGUUGUUCCUGUAUUUCCUUCGUGAUGAGCCGUUGGUGAUUUUUAACCGUUUGAUAUCGGAUCGUGUGGUUCUGAUUGUACUCGCUGUUGUUACAGUCGGUUUGUUGCUGUUAACUCAUGCUACUAGCAAUAUUUUGAUAUCGUUAGCAGUUGGGAUAUUCGUGGUGUUGAUUCAUGCUGCGUUAAGGAAAACUGAUGAUUUAUUUAUGGAUGAAGAACGUGCUGGGUUCUUAUCUCCGUCAUCUUAAUUUGCUCAGUUAAAUGUUAAUCCCCACUGUGUGAACCGAUGUAGUUUUUUUUUUUUUUUUUUUUUGAGUUUGUUUAUUGGGAUAGCAUUUUCGAUUGGUUGUUUGUAUUAUCACCAUACACUUUUGUUUAUUCCUCGUUGAAUUUGAUCAUUGUUGAAUGGUGAUUUGUUGUUAUUUUUAGUGAUUUGGUUUUUCUACA